AUGGACAGGCUCAAGACGAAGAGGACCACGCGAAGGGCCCAGAACACCAAGCUCAUUCAAGAGGCAAGUGCCUUACUCGAGCGUGAUGACGCGACAUUACAACAAAUCGACUCGAUUUAUGAGAGGCUGAAGAGCAAUAACGAGGAGCUGAAGAAGAUUAAUGAUGAGAUGGAGAGCCACAUAAGUGACGAGGCAUUCGAGGCGGAGUACGCUACUGUAAUUGAAUAUGAGGACAACGCGACCCGCAUCUUAGCCGAGCUCCAGAGCAAACGCCGCCAGCAUAGCGAGACAUCUGCAGUGUCAGCGCCCAUCGAAGUUCGCGACGGGCCGGCGGCUAUUGGACCUGCUGAUAGGCCAGGAGCCAAGUUACCGAAGCUGACAAUUAAUCCGUUCGCUGACAAGCUAAGACGAAAGCUGCGUGAAGACGUCAAAGUGACCGGCGAACUCUCCAGAUCCGGAAACACCAAAAUGACAACCAUGGAAAAGUUUGAGUGCAUGUUUCAAGGGAGUACCAAACCCUCAUCGUCAAAGACAGUUGACUCCCUAUUCAUGAACAUGACCACCCGACCAGGCAAGGCAAACCGCACAGGAUUGGACGAGAUCACCUUAAAGGAAAAAGAAACACUCCAGCGCUACGAGACCCGACUCGGAAACCAUGUUCAAACCUGCAAAAGUCAGAGCCUGGAGCCGGCCUUUCAUGCUAACCAAAAGCGAGUCACCCAGGCGAAGGAUGCCGCACUACGUGAAGCUCAAGCUGUAAGAAACGUGAGCGAGCAGGCCACUUCAAUGGAAACUAAGAUGGCCGAGCUGCGACUGAAUUUGCGCGAGGAGCAGGCUGCUCGUGAGCGGGAGCACAGAGCCCAUGAAAACAAGCUGAAGGAACUUCAACGCCUGCUUAUCGAUGAACGAACUCAUCGCGAGAACUUCGAAUACAAAUUAAAGGAAGCCAUGAGGAAACCUGCGCAGGCAGAAUUAGUGAAGGAGUACGAGUCCAAAGUGGAGAAGCUCACUCAGGAGUUGGACGAGGUGCGCAAGAAGCUGCUGGGGUCGGAGAAGAAGAUGAGACUGAUUUUCCCCCUGCUGCUCAAGAUGCACCAGUUGGGUAUGGAACAAUGCGAUAUUGAGUUGGAGAAGGAAAAAAGACAGCCAGGACAUGUCGUGGAGCACCAGCAGACGAUGAGAAGAGAGACAGAAAUGGGUAGCCAGGAGAAUCGUCUAAAGGAGUUGUCUAAGGCAGGAAGAACACAUGAUUGGUUGCGCAUGCAAGACUGUGCUGCCAUCCAGCAAAUUCAAGAGCGUCCCUCACUGCUCACACGAGAAGACGCAACCUCAGCAAGUGCUGCAAGAAUCGGACCCAAGAAUACAGAACUGCCUUCCCAGCAAAUAAAACCUGAACGUGAGGACAUCGCUGGACCGUUUUGGCAACAGGCGCCUGCUGCUGAAACCGUCGAAGCAGCAUGUGCUGAGAGCCCUAUGGACCUGCUCGCCUACAUCCGCGAGCUGGCAGGAGCGGACAUACUCAGUCUCCAUGCCAAAGCACGAGAGAAGCUUUGGCAACUGAAGGAGGAGUCCGAAAAAUAG